AGAGCGCGGGUAAGAGUGGAUAAACUUGAUGUGCGCGACGCUCGCAUCGCGAAACGAUUCGAUCGUUCCUACGAGGAGUACCUCGUCGCCCGUUCGAUUACCUCGCGAAUACUGUAAUUGAUUACUUUUUACGACGAGUAAAAAGUCGCGAUUUGUCUCAUUUUGUUUCUCCUUUUACGUGUCUAACUAGCAAGUCGUGUUUGAAUCAUUGAGGUUAGGUGGUUAGUGCUAGAUUAUCGUUGUACGAGGUAGAGAUAGGGAGAACGAAAGAGUGUAUGCGAGCGAGCGAGCGAGCGAGUGAGUGAGUGAGAGAGGGAGAGAGAGAGAGAGAGAGAAGAAGAAGAAGAAGAGAAAGGAAAAGGUCGUCUGUGGCGCUGCGGAGCUUCGCGCACAAGAAUAAUUAAAAUCAAUGUAACGACGGUGGUGCGGUGUUCUUCAAGUCACGUUCUGCGUGCGUCGGUUUUUUAAAGAGCACUACAUUUGUACGACCGACAUAGAGAGAGAGAGAGAUGUCGAACGGAUUGAUGCUGCCGAAUGACAAUCACGAUAUGUGCCAGACGAGUAAGGACACACAGAAUAACGUUCCUCGUCUAUCGUAUCCGUCUACGAUAUUUCUGUCCCUCUUUUCUCAUGAUGCGAUCCUACGCAGCUAGCACCACCCCGACGGUCGCCGUUGAUGCCGCUGCAUCCAUGGAAGGGUUGCAGGGAGAACAAUCUACUGGGAUGGACCAGCAGAACGUUACCAGGCCUAUAUUGAAGAGAACCGCUGAAUCUGAUCUGGAAGGUAUAACAAUACCAAAAAAGCGUCACAAACAUCCACAGCCAAAGAAUGCAGUAUGUGCUUUAAACGAAUUGAAGACUGGAGCAGUCUACAAGGUAGUUGGCCAAACUGGACCUACUCAUGCUCCUAUAUUUACCAUCGCCGUGCAGAUAGAUGGACAGACUUACGAGGGCAGAGGACGUACCAAAAAGAUGGCCAAACAUGCGGCUGCGGAACUUGCUUUAAGAAAUAUAGUGCAGUUCCGUAAUACACCGGAAGUACAUCAAGCCAUCAACACGUGCCAGCCUGUCAUUCCCCUGGAACCUGAUUUCACCAGUGAUGUCACCGAGGGAGAUAAUCAUCUUGUAAAUGCAUUCAAAACGUUGACUCAUGAACCAAAAAAUACUAACAAAUUUUUGGACAAAGGCCCCGUUGCUCUCAUCAAUGAAUUAUAUCCUGGAGUUGUAUACAAAUGUAUAUCUGAUAGUGGAGAAAGCUAUGCCAAGUUUACAAUAUCUGUAACAAUCGAUGGAGAAACUUUCGAGGGAACUGGUCCGAGUAAAAAACUGGCUAAAGCUGCGGCCAGUAAAGCAGCUUUGGCAAAAUUAAGGAACGUCCACAGCUCCUCUUUUUGCAUUCAGCUCCCUGUUCGUGUAUUACCUAACUUCUCGAAUUCCGGUCAUUGGCAGGAACAGAUGACCUUGCCACAAAUUUUGGCAGACAAAAUAGGAAAAAUGGUAAAUCAAAAAUUCACUGAACUUAUACAGAGCAAGCCACAUCAUGCUCGACGUAAAGUAUUAGCCGGCAUAGUGCAAACGAAUGGGUCGGACGCCGAAUUAAUAUGCGUCACUACUGGUACGAAAUGCGUAUCCGGGGAUUAUUUAAGCGUAAGCGGUAGAGCUCUAAACGACUGCCAUGCGGAAGUUGUAGCACGACGAUGUCUCUGCGAAUAUUUGUACAAGCAAUUGGAGUUGCAUACCGAAAAUCGUUCUGCCGAGUCUGUCUUGGAACAUUUAAAGAAGGGCUUCAGAUUGAAGCAGGGAAUUCAGUUUCAUUUAUACAUAAAUACAGCUCCCUGUGGGGAUGCCAGAAUAUUUUCUCCUCACGAAGAAAACGAAUCCGUGGAUAAACAUCCUAACAGACGGGCCAGAGGUCAAUUAAGAACCAAGAUAGAAUCAGGAGAAGGUACGAUACCUGUGAAGAGCAGCGAAGGAAUUCAGACUUGGGAUGGUGUUCUUAUGGGACAAAGACUGCUGACGAUGUCGUGUUCAGACAAAAUAGCUCGAUGGAACGUACUUGGUGUGCAAGGUGCACUUCUAAGCCACUUCAUCGAGCCAAUUUACUUCCACAGCAUCGUUCUCGGCAGUCUGUUGAACCCUAGUCACAUGUAUCGAGCCGUUUGCGGCCGUAUCGAAAAUACUAUUCAAGGUCUACCACCGCCGUAUAGGCUCAAUAAACCAUUGAUGAGCCUCAUAACUUCGUCUGAAGUCAGGCAACCAGGCAAGGCACCGAAUUAUAGCGUAAAUUGGACUAUUGGUCAAACCGAAGCAGAAGUUAUAAAUUGUACAACCGGAAAGGACGAAUUGGGUAAACCCUCCAGAAUUUCGAAGCAGAGACUCUUCAGGAAGUUCUUCAGUCUGUUAGGUAAAUUGGAAACGAUCGACGAUGCCGAUCGAAAUCAAUGCCGUCAUUACCUCGAUGCUAAAUCAUCGGUUCAAGAUUACUCUCUUGCCAAACGUCAAUUGAAGGAUGCGUUUGUACGCGCUCAGCUCGGUAGUUGGGUAAAAAAACCGAUUGAGCAAGACAUGUUUGAAGUGGAUAUCUGACUAAAUCAGAGUAUCGAUGCGAACCCAACGAAUAGGAUAAACUCUGAGUUAGCGGAGUAUGUAGUUCCUAGUGUAAAAUAGAUCGCUCGUUCGGCGUGUCAUGCUAUGGCAGAAUUUGGCAUCAGUAAAGCAUAAAUCGUAGGAUGUUAAGAGCAAAUACUUUGACUUUGUCACCGCACGAUCCAACGACUAGUAAACAUGUCACGUUCAAAGUGUACAAUGAAUCGAUUGCUUUCGGUUUUAACCAAGAGCAAAAUCAAGUCGGUACUCUUCGAAUUUUUUGAUCUUAAAUGCUAGUCACACGUCAAUUUUUGACAGUUUCUAUAGACUGGUAGAUAGAUAAGGCAAAAAGUUUCCUUUCGUAAACAUUAAUAAUUAAUCAACGGAAGGGUGCAAGAGUAUUAGAAUGUUUUAGAUUUUAUGUUCUGUCGGUGUGUCGAGAAAUCUGUGGAUAUUUCAGAAUGAAACGAGUCAGCACAUAUCCAUUCUUCGGAGUCUUAUUGUUAAACUGUCAUUGAUCUCGUACAGCUACUUAAGUUUUAUUGGACGAAAGAGAAAUUCGACGAAAGACCCUUUACAUCCUCCUUCUCUUUCUCCCUUUUAAUCGACUUUGCUACCUACCAAUUUUUCUCGAAGAAUCAAUGCUUCUUCAUUAAGCUUCGAUCAAAAACUUUUCACAUAGAUUUUAUUCAACUUUCAUUUGUUAUUUGAACGUUUUGCUUAAGAUGAAAGUUAUCGUGCCAGCACGAUUAUUCUGAACGAAUCAACGUGUAAUUUUUAAUUUCAAUAGCUCGAGUAAUGUACGUGAUACCGCAAACGCUAAUUCAACGAGCCUAUUGUGUCGACAGUGUGUAUCCGGGUCACUUGUUUCUAGGAGCCGUUGUAUCUGCGUUCAUAUAUAUUCUAUAUACCUAUAGACAAAGAGAAAAAGAAAGACCCUCUUGAAAGCGUUCUCUUUUUCUCUGUUACAUUUAUUUGAGACUUUAAAUCCUGCUCCUGGAUAAUAAUCAAACGAUUUUAAAUAUGACUUUUAGUAAUGUCAUCGUUUUCCUCAAAUAGAACUUGUACGUAAGUUAUUUAACGUGAAAUAAGUUUUUUGAUUUAAACAAAAGAAAUAUCUCGGGUAUUCGCAACAGCUACGUCACUGGCAAAACGGGCGCCUCGUCCUCCCCCUCUCCCUCUCUUUGCCUUUCCCUCUCCCUCGCUUCCUCCCUACGUCUAGAAAUCCAAGCCGUUGUUAGAACGAACUCAGACUCCACGGUUGUUUUCCUAAGGUCCCUCGCGGGAAAAAUCAAUGUCCAGUACCGUGUAGCGAGGGAUUUACCCACGUAGCUGCGGUAUUGUUUUCAUAGGGCUCUAGUAUUUACCAUAGCGGCUUGAUCUUGAUCUGCUGUUUAUUGCAUCCCUGUGAAAGGCUGUGACCAGAUCCAGAUUUUCACGAAGGAUUUUUUAAAGACAUCUAAUCAUUCAUUGUAUCAUGGAAUUUGAUAAACGAAAAAGACAAGUAAAGAAGAAGAAAUAAAAGACGUUUUCGAUGACAAAAACUCGAUCGAAAAAAAAAAAAUCAAAAAAAAAUUUUGUGAAAAAAUAGAACGUUUCUUUUCUUCGAUGUUUCGUUUAUCGUCUUCGCCAAUCCUUCGAUGAGAGAAGAGCGUCCUUCAACAGUUCGAUGUCGUUACCAUUACUUUUGAUAGCACAUAUGUGAGAAUGCGUAUGCGUGUAUGUAUGUAUGGGAAAAAUUAGAUAUAUUAGCGCGAAUGUUUGCGUUUGCCAAAGAGAAAAUGAAACGUGAGAGAAAUGUGAGAGCAAUGCUAAUUAACAAGUAAAGUAUUAGUAGAAGAGUAAGUUAUAAAUAUUAAUAAGUACUUAGUGGAUGAUUAUUUAGAAAGUCCUAAGAUCGUUGCCUCACUGUGCCAGUAUUACAAUUAUAAUGCAAUUCUGCCGUAGUGACACACUGCCCGAAGUCGAUCUAGUUUUGCGUCAAAGAACUCGAGGACUCCGGCCGUGUUGCUUCUUUCGAUUUAUCCUCCUCGAUUAUCAGAACCAAAAUAUAAUAUUUGUGUUCGUAUCUACGUUCGUACGUUAAGUUCGAAUCUGCGUUUACAGUUGCAUUUAGUUUAUCGAUAAGAUAUUCCAGAAGAAAGAGAAGAAGAGAGAAAAAGAGAGAGAGAGAGAGAAAGGAUACCGGAAUAAAAUAGAGCUAUAUAUAUAUAUAUAUAUAUAUACACAUAUUUAUAUCGAUCAAGCUAAAGUCAUUUACGUACCAGGUCAAAUAUUAGCUCUACGUAAUUUUUUGCUUGCUGCACAAUUGUUUUUUAUAUUUGCUUUUUUAAUUUAUUUUUAACUCAUCAUAAUAUUUUUUCAUAUCAUCGCUAAUAACGACAAUCCUAAAAUCAAAUUUAGUACAGCUUUCUUUUUUUUUUUUUUUUAUUUUAUUAUGCAUAAUAAAUAUUAUCUAUCUUCUUUUGCGUUACAAAAGAAAGCACAGAUUUUAGGUAGCAGUAGCUAGAAAUUUAUUAAGUUUUUUACUUCUUUCAUUUUGUUUUAAUUAUUAUGAUAAGGUUUUUUUAUCUUUAUAUUAUUCUUUUUUGUUUGUGAAAAAACUAUAAAAUCCAAUAGAUUCCAACAGGUUAAACAUUUUCAACGACAUCUUUUUGUAUUUAUUUCAUUAUUUUUUUUCUCCAAUCUAGUCUCCGAUGUUUUUUCCCUUUCUUCCCUUCUUCCUCUCCUCUCUCUCUCUCUCUCUUUCUAUUUCUAAUUCUAUUUAUAUUUUUCUUCGCAAAAAAGAACGAUGCAUUUCUUCUAUUGUAACGCGUAUACAGACGUACGUAGCAACGAUCGUGCCAAGAAACGCAAUCGUUACGUUGCAUCGUACAUUAAUAUAAACAUUAGUCCUCUAUAACUUACAAAUAGUAUUCUUAUAUAUGCAUCUUACUUCAUAUUCUCGUGUAAAAAAAAAAUUCAUAACCAAAAGUUGUUUAUUAAAUAUAAAUUAUACUUGAUGUGAUAUAAUAUAAAUUGUAAAAUAUAUAAUUUAUUUUUAACCGCUGAUAUAUUUGGGUUAUUUGAAUAUUAUUGAAUUAUAAGAAAAUUGUGUCAUAAAAAAUUGUGUUAUAGAGGAUUAAAAAGCACGAUGAAAGAGUAAAGAAGACGUAGGAGCUUUUUUCUUAUUGUUAGUUGACGCUUCUUCUCGUAGUCGAGACCCGUUUGUUAGUUCUAUUGCCCUCCGGCUAAGUGAAAAGGAAAGAAAAGGAGGCUACGAUGUUAAAUACGACAAGAACAACGAGUUCAUCCGUAACACGAAAGCUCAAGGACAUAUAUGCCUCUAUUCUCCUUCUUCUCUCUUUCAUCAUUGUAGUUAUGCAGUAGUAGCAGUACGAGAGUGUCCGUAUGCAUAUGUGUGUAUAUAUUUAUAUAUAUAUAUAUAUGCACAUAUUAUUCGUAAAAAAGAGUCGCGUAAAGAACAUACGCAUACAUGUAGUACGUAUACAUAUGUAUUUAUAAAUAUAAUACAUUUUUAGAAAAAGAUCAUAUAUUACUUAGUGGUCGAAAAGUGAUCAAUAUAAAUUUCAAGAGUGAGAAUUUAGUUAUUAAUUAUUACUCAGUAGUUUUAGUAGAAUUUAAAAAGAACUUCGAUUUCCAAUUUCUCUCCCGUUAUACGAAGUCAUUAUCUAUUUACAAGUAAAAACAGUACCGCGGGUGAGUCACCUAACAUUAAAAAUAUAAAUAUACCUCGGUUAUUCUUGAUGAUAAAAAUAAAAUUUCUGAAGAAGAAUAUGUUUAAUUCGAAAGAGUUGAUAUAGGAGUGAAAACUUUUAUUUGAAGAUUAUAUUUUUUACAAUGUAAGGAUAUAAAUGGAAUUCAAUUUUUUGAUUAUGAACAAGAUGUAAAACAGAUCAAUUCAAGGUAUAUUCGAAACUUUUGUUGUAAUACCUGUAAACCGAAAUAUUUUUCUUAAAAUCUUCAUAUUUUUUAAUCUUAUAAAAUGUUUUAUGAAAGUUGAAAUAGGAUAACGUAUACUCAAAUUUUCUUAAGACAAUAUUAUUGUAUAGUUUUUGUUAAAAGUCUAUUAAAGCUGUAGUACACAUUAAAUACUAAUUAAUAUUGUUGUUAGUUCAUAAAAUGAAGAACUAUUGAAUAUCGUAAAUAAAUUUGUAGUAUUUUUGUUUAGAGACCACAAUAGAUUAAUUUUUGGAUCUCCACUAUGCGAGUUUCUUCGAAUAAAAAAUCUUCUUCAAAAAUCUUUUAUUCGCAUCACAAAUAAUAAAGAUAUUCAUACUUCAUCCUUUUAAAUGACUCUCCCAAUACAUACAUAUAUAUAUAUAUAUGUGUAUAUAUGUAUGUAUAGGCACACACACAUACAUAUAUCUCGAGCUCGUUUUCGAGUUAUCGAAAGAACAUCGAGUGUCAAGCAGGAAGAACUUUCUUGUAGUCGGCUAGACUUUAAGCUUGACUAGUGCCUCUAGAUGUAAUUUCUCCGAUAAGUAAGAAAAUCGAUCUAGUUGAAAUUACAAACGAAUAUCUUUAUUUAUCAACAACUAAAAAACGAAAAAAUAAGAAAAAUUAGCGAACAAAGACAAAGCAGGGAAAGAGAAAGAGAGAAAGAGAAAGAAUGCGAAUCAAUGAAUGAGCGAACGAAACGCGACCGACAUUUUUCUUUGUCUUCUUUUUAUUUCACAUAACUCUUUAUUAAUGUACUAAUGAUUUGAUACUUUUUUGUGCGCUUUGAAAAAGAAAUUUGUAAACUCGUGCGUGGUUUAAAAAAAAAAUAAGAAAGAUUAAAUCUCUACUCACGGACUCUACGAUCUGUUUAAUCGUAGUUUUAGACAAGGAAAUGGAAGAAAAAUAUUUGUUUUUGCAUAUCAUAAGCGUGCGCGAGAAAUUGCAGCCGCUAGCUUUUUACACGCUCAACAAUAUAUAUUGUUAUUGUGUUUUGUAAUUUACUUCGUUUUUUUUCGAAAGAAAAUGAGUAAGGUAAUGAGCGGGAAUUCAAGUUUUUUAAAUAAAAAGAAAAUAUAUUGCAAGCAGAAAA